AUGGCUGAUACAAAGUCAUCAAGGGGACUUGCUGCGACUGGAGUGGGCACCAUGGAUUGCGCACACCAUGAUAUGAAGUUAGCUAAUGACGUUGGUGACUUACAGAAGGGUGAAAAAUAUCUCAAUAUGGACUAUCUCAUUUUCUCUGCUCUUGCCAGAUUCUCUACCCUGUCGACAAUCAACUUUUCAUAUGAUAUUUUUCAUAUCGCUGCACAUAUUGAAUCAUGCCAAACUCAAUUCUCAUUCAAUUGGACUCUGGGAGUAGGACAGACUGAUGGAGAAGCACCUGAGCAUGGAUGGGCAAACAUCAAUCGCAUGGCCAGCAGUAUGAAGGAAAUGGGUCCUGGAGCCCGAUGCGACACACUUAACGACCAUUUCAGCGAUUGGAACUGGAAGAAGAUUACAGCUCUCAGUAAAACUAUGCUACAAAAAAUGAUGGAAGCUGUCAUCGCUGAGAAGGAACACCAUCUUGCUCUCUCUGAACUCAAGAGCUCUAUCAACGACUCAGGAGUAGGAGCUGCUUCCCUCACUGCAUGGAGGACGGAGAUUGAAGCUUGGGAGAUGGAUCACUCACAAUGUAAUCCAUUCCAGAGACAAGUUGGCACAAUGACCCAGGCGGCUGUGCAGUUAGAGUUAACACAGCAGGACACAAAGGAGUUGGAAGACGGGUCAGCAAUAUCACUCCACACCGAAGUCACCUGCAGUGUUCUCAUUAGCACUGGCAUUGAUGUUGAAGAUGCCCAUGAUGACAGUGGCUGUCCAGUCCCAGACCCCACCUCUGGAAAGGCAGAAGACUUUCAAUUGCUUCUGCCUUCUGAGAUCUGUGAUGUCGUGCCAUGCAACAAGACACUCCUGGAAACAGAAUGGUCUCUGUGUUUUUCCCAAGCUACUGAUGCUCUGAAUGAGUGUCGUUCGCAUAUUCGACUGCGCCAUCAGCUGUAUCAAUUCAAGGUUCAGCAUCUAUGCAGACAAGGGCCCAACACCCGCGCACGCAAAACCAUGGAUGCAGUUGAGGAAUGUCUUAUGUUGAGCCAUGCUAAGUAUGCAAGGGCUCACAAGGCACUUCUCUCCUUAGCUCGCCACCUUGAUCGGAUAGGAUGGGAGCACAAAUUGCAGCCUUUAAAAAAGAUGCACCUCAGACCAAUUGGGGACUUCAGACAACAGACUCAAGGCACAGCAAUUAUGUCAUGGAUUUGGCUAACUCACAGAAUUUCUUCUGAUGACAGCGAGGGACUCCAAGACUCACUUCGUGUUGAAUGGUGUAAAGCCCAAGCAUGUCAUAAUAGGUGGUUGGAGGAAGUCCAGCUCUUAUUAGAAGAAAUGCGACAUACUCUAGCCUUUCUCAAAUGGCAGGAAGACUCCUGGGAAUCGUGCGCAACCCUACCAACUAUCGAGCAGCCCGAGGAGAAGGAGGGUAUGAUUGCAUAUGCUUGCCAUCAGGCUCACAUUCAAUGA